AUGGCUCAACAACCGCCUCCUGCUAAUUAUCCAAAUUAUGGUUAUACACAACAACAACAAUCGCCUGUAGGACAUCAAAAUGGAAAUCAACAACAGAAUUUGUCGAAUGGUUAUCCCUCGAAUUUACCUCCGAUGAAACUUCCUGCAGCACAACAACCCGUCAUCAACUAUCAAAACUUUCAAACUAAAGCGAUUCAACCUAAUCCUGGAGUAAAUGGAAGUAACAACAGUAAUCUAUCAUCAAGAACAUCAUCACCUGGUAUCAUCCAACAAAAUGUUAUUCCACAAUCUCAAUUACCACCAUCGAGGAGUUAUCCAAGUUAUCAAAAUUUACAUCAACAGCAGCCACAGCAGCCGAUAUCACCACCUUCUAGUCAAUUAUCAUCAACGUCAAUGAAUAAUAACAACAACAUUGAUGAACUUAAAUCUGGAUUUGUUCCAAGUCCACUUCCUAAUUCAGGUUCGAUUAUGACAACUCCCAAUCAACAACAGCAGCAACAGAUAUUAAGUUCGAGUAUGAAAAAUCUUUCAAUCAAUCAAGGAUAUGGACAAGCAGGAAAUUUCCAAACUCCUAAAAUGCCUUCAUCGAAAAGUGAACAGAAUUUCUUGAAUAAUAACAACAACAAUAAUAAUAUUAAUAGCAAUGCUCCUGGAAUGAUAAGCAAUCCAAUGAUAAAUAGUCCAAUAAUGCCUCCAAUUCCCUCAAAAUCUAACACAAUAAAUAAACGUCCGAUGUAUCCAACACAACAGCCUUUGCCAAAUGUUCAGCCACAGCAAAUGUCAAAUCCACAGACUCAGCAGUUUCAAACUCAGCCUCAACAUCAAUUUCCAGCUCAACCACAGCAGCAACAACAGCAGCAGCAACCAAGAAGCAACCUUCAAUACCAAAACUUCCAACAACAACAGCAGCAACAACAAUUUCCAGGAGGCAUCGUCAAUCAAGGCUUCAAUCGAAUGUGGGGUAAUGAAAGCGUUGACUUAAUGCAACAUCGUCACAUUUUACCAACAACGAAAGUUCUUCCACCACCAAUCAAACUGAAUCAUCAGUUCCAUGAAGCAACCAAUUGCAGUUCUGAUAUUUUCCGUUGCACUCUUACAAAGAUUCCGGAAUCAAAUGGAUUAUUACAAAAGUCACGGUUGCCAUUAGGUGUUCUCAUUCAUCCAUAUCGAGAUUUAAGCAACUUGCCUGUCAUCAGUUGCACAACAAUUGUGCGAUGUCGUGUUUGUCGUACAUACAUCAAUCCUUUCGUGUUCUUCGUAGAUAGCAAGAAAUGGAAAUGCAAUUUAUGUUAUCGAGUGAAUGAAUUACCGGAAGAGUUUCAAUAUGAUCCCGUGAGUAAAACUUAUGGCGAUCCAACACGAAGGCCUGAAGUUCGUUCAAGUACGAUAGAAUUCAUUGCACCAGCUGAAUAUAUGCUUCGUCCACCACAACCAGCAAUGUAUCUCUUCCUACUUGAUGUGUCAUCGCUUGCACAGCAAAGUGGAUACUUGGAAACUGCAUGUCAAACGAUACAAGAUCAACUCGAUAACUUACCAGGCGAUGCUCGUGCUCAAGUUGGAUUCAUUGCUUACAAUAGCGCUGUUCACUUUUAUAAUAUUGCUGAUGGCUUUAAUCAACCGCAUGAAAUUACUGUGCUUGAAGUUGAUGAUGUUUUUCUACCUUGUCCUGAUAAUUUGCUGGUCAAUUUAAAGGAAUGUCGUGAACUUAUCAAUGAUUUGCUUCAACAGUUGCCAAAACGUUUCGCAACUGAACAUGACAAUAAAAGUGCGCUCGGUGCUGCUCUUCAAGCCGCUUUUAAACUCAUGAGCCCAACAGGUGGUCGUGUUUCAGUCUUUCAAACAUGUUUGCCCAACUUUGGACCAGGCGCACUUCAACCACGAGAAGAUCCAAAUAAUCGCUCAUCAAAAGAUGUUCAACAUCUUGGACCAGCAACUGACUUUUAUAAACGUCUUGCGCUUGAUUGCUCAGGUCAACAAAUUGCUGUUGAUCUCUUUCUUCUUAAUAGUCAAUACAGUGAUUUGGCGACACUUUCUGGAAUAAGUAAAUUCAGUGGCGGAACUGUUCAUCAUUUCCCAUUAUUCAAUGUCAGUAAACAGCAACAAGUGACUGAAUUUCAACGCGUUCUUACACGUUAUUUAACACGAAAGAUUGGCUUUGAGUCGGUUAUGCGUGUCAGAUGUACACGCGGCCUCAGUAUUCAUACAUUCCAUGGAAACUUCUUUGUUCGCUCAACAGAUUUGCUUUCAUUACCAAAUGUCAAUCCCGAUUCAGGUUUUGGCAUGCAAAUAACAUACGAUGAGAGUUUAGCUGAUGUGAAAACGGUUUGCUUUCAAGCUGCACUUCUCUACACAAGCAGCAAAGCUGAAAGACGAAUUCGUGUCCAUACAAUUUGCUUACCGGUCACUGAAAGCUUAUCGGAAGUUAUGCAUUCAGCUGAUCAACAAUGCAUUGUUGGAUUGCUUAGUAAAAUGGCUGUUGAUCGUUCAUUAAGUUCGAAUUUGAGUGAUGCACGUGAUGCCUUCAUAAAUGCAACUGUUGAUGUGUUUACUGCUUUUAAAAUUGCACAAAAUUUACCAUCAGGUGCGAGUGGAUUAGUUGCACCACAAAAUCUUGCGCUCUUUCCUUUGUACAUUUUAUCUUUGUUGAAGCAAACGGCAUUUCGAACUGGAACGAGUACACGUUUGGACGAUCGUGUUUAUGCAAUGUGUCAGAUGAAGUCGCUACCUUUAGACCAACUCAUUCGCGUCAUUUAUCCUGAUUUCUUCUUUUUGGAUCCAUUGUUUGUUGAUGACGGUGACAAGGUUGAUCCACCCAGACUGCAAUUGUCAUCUGAGAGACUCGACUCACGUUCAAUGUUCUUGAUGGAUACUGGAACUAACAUUUUCAUUUAUGUUGGAUCUAACACAAAUCCUAGCACGAUAAAGAAUGUCUUCGGAAAAAGUUCUGUGAAUGAAAUUCCCGAUGUUUGUUACAAUCUCCCGAAACUUGAAACGCCAUCAAAUGAAGCGCUUCAUGAAUUUAUUGAUGGUCUCAAUGAAGACAAACCUUAUAGUGCAACGAUUCAGGUCAUCAGAGACUCCAGCCCAAGUCGAAAUCUUAUUGUUCAAUAUCUCGUUGACGAUCGUAAUGAGAAUAGUCUGAGCUAUUACGAAUUCCUACAGCACCUGAGGACGCAAGUGUCAAAAUAAAUUAAAAAUGAAAAAUAAGAAAAGAAAUUUUGUAUAUAUCUACAUGAAGCGAAAAUGAAGAUUUUUCUUUAGUUUGUUAUUUUUUUUUGAGAAAAGGAAAAAAGAAGUCUUGUAAUAAUAAUCAUCUAAAUAGAAAAAAAGAAAAAAUUAAUAAUCAAUAUUUAUAAAAAAAAGAAAAAAAAUUGUGACGUAAAUUGCGGGAAUCGGAAAAUUCGAGGAAUUUUCAUUUAAAGUUUAGUUGCUGAUGAUUCCUGAAUUUGCCAAUCUCUGUCAUAAAUGUAGUUGAGACGAAUCUUCAUAUUUUGACCUUUAAUCCUAUUUAAUUGCACUUGAGUCGGUUGACCUUCUUUUCAUAAAUACAUAAAACAUUAAAACUGAUAUCAUUUUUAUUUUGAAGAAAGCAUAAAUGCUUCAAAACUGGGAAUAGAUAAAUAAAUAAAAAAGCAUAAAAAUCAUUUUAUUUCAACUGGUGAAUCAUUAAUGGAUUGUAUGAAAUGUUGUAAGGAGAAGAAAUAGAAAAAAAACACAAGAAAUCAAUAAAAGGAAAUAUUACAUGAGAAAGUUUUAGUUGAGGAAUGACCGUUGGGAUAAAAAUAAUAAAAAGAAAAUUGUGUAAUUUAGGAA